AACUGGAAAUAAACUAAUGGGUAUUGAUUAUAAUUCAGAACGCCCGGUCACAUUCACUGCCGUCAGUGGCACGGCGGCGUCGUUAGGACACACAGUCUUGGUAGCUGCUACGCACAAGGAUGUUUCUUCUGACUAUUGCUCUAUUUCUUGUAAAUUCGACGUUUGUAAACGGCAUCAACACUAAUUUUGCACUUGGUAAACCUACCACAUCUUCAUCAAACACUGGAGGCAGUGGUAGGUGCGUUGAUGGGAACAGAGAUACGAAUCUGUUCAGCGGCUCGUGCUGGGAGAGUUCCGGGGGAGACAUGCAACCCUUCUGGAUGGUAGAUCUUGAAGCAAACUACUUCCUGAGCCAUGUAACGAUUACCAACCGAGGCGAUUGUUGCGCUGAGCGACUUCAUGACUUGAAGAUUGAAGUAUUUGUCGAGGACCCAGUACAGUUUCCGACCACCCUUUCCUUUCUCUGCGCAAUGUAUGAAGGACCUAUGCCUACAGGAGCCACAGAAAACAUCUCCUGCUCCUGUUUGACCAGGGGGCGAUAUUUGAGGAUAGAAGGUCUGAAUCGAGUAAAUGAUCAGGAUCGACAUACCAUGUGUGAAGUGGAGACCUUUGGAACAAACGCCAAUCACUGCUUCACCUCUACGAUGCGCCGUAUUGAGGGUACAAGGUUUGAUGGAGAUCUUUACCCAGUCGACGUCACAUCUACCGUGGAGUGUGCCAACGUCUGUUUCCACAACAGCACCUGCUUUGGUUUCAACUUCAACCACGACAGCCUUUUAUGUGAGCUAAGAGUUGGCAGUGCACAAGCAUUAGCUGUAUCAGGCUGGUCUUACUUUGUGUGGGAAAGAUGUAUUUGAUUUGCUCUAAAGAACCGACCGUGGCAUCAUGCACAGACAUUGGAUUUGUUCGGGUUUUUAAAAAAAAAUAUGUAUACCUGUUCAUGACAUUUCCAUAUUUAACCCAUCAGAGACAAGGAUGAUGUCCAAUCCAAUUCCAUGCUGUGACUUGUAUCAAAUCAAUUUCGGGUGAACAGCUGACUUUCCUUUGAAUAUUCAUGUCACCGUGAGCAGAUAUAGAUUCAAAGACUGAAUCAAUAUGCCUGUAAUUGGAUAUGCUUGAUGUCAAGGGAAGGCGUACCACGGUCCUUUUUUAACGUUGGGCUAUUAAUCUUUUCAUUUUGCUUACCAAACGCUAGGUUGGCUCUUCAGGGAUGCAA